AUGUACAGCAUGAUGGAACACGAGCUGAAACCGACCGGCCAGCCCCCCUCUCAUCAGACAUCCCAAGGAAUGUCACCGGUGACCGGCAACAUGACCGGGAACAUGGUCAGUAAUGGCAACUCUCACCCGAGCUCCAAAACGGCCUGUGCGCCCGGAGGCGAUCCCAUGGAUAAAGUCAAGCGACCCAUGAACGCUUUUAUGGUCUGGUCCAGGGGACAGAGGCGUAAAAUGGCUCAAGAAAACCCCAAAAUGCACAACUCCGAGAUCAGUAAGCGGCUGGGAGCUGAGUGGAAACUUCUGACCGACGCUGAGAAGCGGCCCUUCAUCGACGAAGCCAAGCGGCUGCGGGCCGUCCACAUGAAGGAGUAUCCAGAUUACAAGUACAAACCACGCCGCAAGACAAAGCCCCUGCUUAAAAAGGACACUCAGGUUGGGAAGUACCCGCUGUCCGCUGGGAACCUGCUGGCGGCGGCAGCGCAAGGCCAAGGUGGUAGUCCGAGGAUGGAGAGCUAUGGCUGGGGUCCCACCGGGGGGUACGCCGGCAUGCAGGGCGAGGCGCUCAGCUACACCCAGCAGCUCCAUCGGUAUGAUCUGUCAGCUCUCCAGUACCCACCUACCAUGACGGCAGCACAGACGUACAUGAACGGAGCUAGCUCGUACAGUCCUAUGUCAUAUAGCAGCAGUCCCCAGCAGCCUAGCCCUGUCACCAUGUCCAUGGUGAAAGCAGAACCAGUGUCCCACUCGCCUCCAACAGGAACGCCAAACCACCACCGGGGGCCUUUGCAGGGUGACCUCAGGGACAUGAUCAGCAUGUACAUUCCGGGACCGGGAGGGGAUGCCGGCGACCCCACGACAGCACAGAGGGGCUACACCAGUGUUCAGCAGCACUACCUCACCGGAACAGUCCCACUCACACACAUCUAG